AUGCGCUUGCUACAUACAAAAGAGAGCCAUACGGGCAACUUGGAGAUUUUAGAAUUCACGGACGACAGAAUCCCACCCUAUGCGAUCUUGUCCCAUACAUGGGAGGGCGAGGAAAUCACCUUCCAGGAUAUGCCCGCAGAUGCAUUUCAUACGAAGCAGAAAAGCGGAUAUGAUAAGGUUCAACGGUGUUGCCAUCUCGCUAGGGCCGAAGGCUUCGACUAUGUUUGGAUAGAUUCUUGUUGUAUUGAUAAGACAAGCAGCGCAGAAUUGUCUGAAGCCAUCAACUCUAUGUACCGAUGGUACCAGGAGGCUGAGGUAUGUUAUGCGUAUCUCGCGGACGUACCGUCUAGGAAGGGGUUUAAAGAGAGCAGGUGGUUUACGAGGGGGUGGACUCUUCAGGAGCUAAUUGCGCCCACGAAACUUAUUUUCCUUGAUGAAAAGUGGACGGAACUAGGGAGUAAGGCCGAUCUUCAACAGGCUAUCUCUGAAUGUACACGUAUCCCGAUUGGUGUUCUCUCCGGGGAUGAAUAUAUUGAAUCCUUCAGCGUCGCCCAAAGGAUGUCCUGGGCAGCGGAAAGAGUAACGACCAGGGUCGAGGAUCGAGCCUAUUCCCUCCUCGGAAUAUUCGGGGUUAACAUUCCACUGAUCUACGGAGAACGAGAAACGGCAUUUAUCAGACUGCAAGAGGAAAUCAUGCGCAUUUCCGAUGAUCAUAGUCUCUUCGCAUGGAGGUCGCGUGACAAUCGGGGUGGUCUUCUUGCGACCUCUCCAGCUGCUUUUAUAGGUUCUCAUAAUAUUGUGCGAUUCAAUCCCUUUGAUCCUUUCAAUACCCCGUUUGCCGCAACCAGCACUGGGAUCGAUCUGAGAAUUCGCUUCAUGGGUAUUGGUCCCCGAGGACUGGGGCUUGCGAUCCUUCAUUGCAAAGAGGAGGGCGGGGGAGAAAGAUUGAUUGCUCUCUACGUGAGAGAUUCUGAAUUCUUGACAAUGGAGCGAUUCGAAAGGGUUCACAGCGAAGACUUCAAACAGCUUGAUCUUCGUAAAUACCGACCCUCGCAAUACCCGAUGCGACAAAUGAUCAUUCAAGCAGGCCGCCUAGCAAGUCACCGAAAAUCGAAGGACCGGGGGAAGUGUGACAGCAUCACACCAGAUAUUUACCCUGAUGCUACACUAAUGGCACUUAUGGGAUUUGGAGAGCCUUCUGCAUUGUUACAAGCAGCGGAACGAGGGCUCAAGGACGAAGUAUGGCUGCUGCUGACCCGCAGCGAUGUUGAGGGGAUCUGGAGGGGCCCACGCGGACAAACUCCGUUAAUUUAUGCGGCCCAACAUGGCCAUGAGACAGUUGCUAAGAUGUUAGCUGCUCGACGCGAUGUUAUCAUAGACUCAAAAGACGACAAAGGAAAGACACCAUUGUGGUGGGCAGCACAGGCUGGACACGAGGCCACCGUCAAAGUGUUGGUUGAGAAAAGCGUUGAUAUCGAUGCUAAGGAUACAGCUGGACGGACGCCACUAACCAUAGCAUCUGCGAAUGGACAUGAAGGAACAGUUGGGAUACUACUUGACAAAGGUGCUGCCAUUGAGGUGCAGAGUCCGAAAUUCAAGCAGACGCCAUUACUAGCUGCCGUCCGGAAUGGGCACGAAGGGAUAGUCAGGGUACUGCUUGAAAAAGCCGCAAAUAUCGAGACGCAGGGUCUGGGACAUCAGGCUUCAUUAUUAGUCGCCGCUGGGAAUGGGCAUGAAGGGAUAGUCAGGACACUGCUCGAAAAAGGCGCCAUCGUUGAUGCGCGGGAUCAAGAAGGUCGGACACCACUCUUAUGUGCCGCUUCUGGUGGGCACGAGGCCAUUAGCAGAGUACUUCUAGAGUCGGGGGCGGGUGUCGAGGCUCGGAAUAAGCAGUCUGAGACAGCGCUGUUCCUAGCUGCUCGGGAGGGGCAUCUCGCCAUUGUCAAGCUGCUUCUCCAACACGGUGCCGAGGCCAAUAUCCGUGAUUGGAAUGGCAACACGCCAAUGGCAAUAGCCAAUGCGAAGGGCCGGAAUGGUAUUGUCAAGUUACUACGGGAAAGGCUUGCUCGCCAUGCAUAUCGUAACUCGCUGUAA